AUGUCAAAACCCUUUCACGUCGUCAUCGUUGGCGCCGGGCCAGCUGGCCUAGCAGCUGCUCUCGCACUCACCAAACAACCUCCAGUUCCCUCGUCACCAUUGCAAAUCACCGUUCUUGAACUCCGCAAUGGUGUUCAAACGCUCGGCGGUGCUGUUAAUCUGACUCCUCUUGCCUUACGGUAUUUGGACUGGUUGGGCGCGGGACAGAAACUACGACCACAAGCCUCCACAGUAUCAGCCAUAGAACUUGUCGCCCAUAGAACAGGCGGUCUGUUGGGGCGCCUAUGGCCAGAUGUUGAUGCCAUUAGAGCGCAAAGACAACUGCUUGUCGAGGCCCUGAGAGACACCAUCUACGAAUUACCACAAGGCAAAGAUGAUGCCAAAGUGGAAAUCAAAUACGGCGCCAAGAUCACGAAUAUGCAAGAGUUCGGUACUACUGAGAACGGCGGUGUGAGAGUCACAUUUGUCAACACCAACGACAAGUCUGCGAAGGAACAAGUCAUUGAGGCAGACAUCAUUGUAGGCUGUGACGGUAUCCAUUCACAAGUCCGCAAUGCUCUCAUUGACCCCAACCGCGAAAAGACAUACUCUGGAAAAUGCAACAGCUACGGCUAUGCAGAUCUCCGCAAAAACGGCGCCAGCCCAUCUGAACUUGCGAAAUCGUGGGUUCGAGCAGAUGGGCAGCCUCUCAUCACGGAUACGACUCUUGUAUCGAAGGCUAAUGAGUCGUUGCUGGUUACAUAUUACGAGCCGUCCCACGAGAAACUGUACCUUGCGUUUGUACAGCCCAUGAAGGAGAAGAAAGAUGCCAAAGAGGGCUGGUCCGUCCACGGUGCAGACAAAGAGGGCAUUAAGAAGAGCAUAAGGGAGACAUUUCAAGGUGGUUCGCUGAAGUAUCUCGGUGAUAUUCUUGAUCUGUGCGAGGAGUGGUUCUUCUUCCCUGUGUACAUGCUCCCACCGGAGGGAGAGUGGUACAAGGGGAGAGCCAUUGUUAUUGGGGAUGCUGCUCAUGCUAUGCCGCCUCAAGGUGAAGGAACUGGCGUUGCCAUGGAAGAUGGCGUCCUCUUAGCUCGUGUGUUGAGUCGUAGAGGAACGAGGGAUGUGCCCACGUUGUUCCAAGACUACGAAACCCUUCGACGACCGGACAUUCGAGACACGUACAAAGAGACUAUGGCAAGAUGGAAUGCCCCUGUGCCGAAUGGCUGGUUUAGCACUGUAAUGAUGGAGUGGUUCACAUGGGGAUUUGUAAAAUUCAUGGGCAGGAGAAAGGAUUAUUUCAGUCGUGAUGUCAGGAACAGGGAGCUUCCUGCAUAG